UAAACUUAUAAAAGUGAAAGUGAAACUAAAGAACUCAGAGGACUCCCAAUCGUGUGCAACUGCAGCCCGCAAUUUGGAGCGUUUAUGCAUGUGGGAAUUCCUGCACCGUUUCUUCCUCUUUUGGAAAGUCCCUGAAAUGUAGACAGCCUCCUUUUCAUAAGUCAAGGAUAGAAUGUUUCAUUUUUACUCUGGUUGUUUGCCUAAACGGAGAGACAUACAGUCCAUCUGGUUAAUUUGCAGGAGUCUUUCCUACCAAACCUCCUGGGUGUCAUCAUGAGUGUGGUAACAUCCAGUCUAUCAGGUGAUCAGGAGAAGAAGCUGCUUUCUCUGUUCGGCCAUGUCAGACUCAGUCUGCUCUACAAAGCCAGUGUCCAAGGCUACACGGCAGCUGCCUUUCACGCACGCUGCAACAGCCAGGGACCCACUGUAGUCGCUGCCUACAACAAGGCUGGCUUCCUGUUUGGAGCCUACACCAGCAAAGACUACACUCAGAAUGGACAGCCUAUUAAUGACGACAAAGCCUUCCUCUACAGCAUCAAUGACGAAAGAAAACAUCCACUGCGUGUGUCUAGUGCCAAUGGCCAGUAUGGUUUCACAGAUGAAAACACUGGCCCGAAUUUUGGUGCCUUGGUGUUUCUGUUCAAUGACACAGCUACAGUCCAAUAUAACGCAGGGAACAGCUACAACUUUGAUGCAGCACAUAUGCAUGGCGACGACCUGCAGCUGACUGAAUGUGAGGUGUACAGAGUGGAGGACUUGGGAGGUUGUUUGACAAAGCCUUGGAGAAACAUGCAGUGGACCUCUGAGAGGAAACGGCAGUUGAUGGAGAAAAUCAAGAAAUAUAAGCCUGAUGUCAAGUCAGUGAGUCAGGCCCGGGUUCUCCUCGUGGGUCCUGUUGGGGCUGGCAAGUCCAGCUUCUUCAACUCUGUCAACUCUAUCUUCAGAGGAAACAUGACCAGUCAGGCCAUCUGUGGCAGCGCAGGCACCAGCCUGACCACCCAGUUCCGUACCUUCACCAUCAAGUCGGGGAAGCAUGGUGAGCCUAUACCCCUGAUCCUGUGUGACACCAUGGGACUGGAGGAGGCGUCAGGAGCUGGCUUGGACAUGGAGGACUUAGUCAGCAUUUACAAAGGCCAUGUUCAGGACCGUUACCAGUUUAAUCCCAUGACGCCCUUGAGUGAAGAUGUACCUGGGUAUCGUAAGCAUGUCAGUCUGAAGGAUCAGAUCCACUGUGUAGUGUACGUGGUGGACGCCUGCAGAGUCUCUCUGUUGUCUGCCAAAAUUGUGGAGAAGUUUGCCGCCAUUCGCAAGAAGACCAAUCAGAUAGGUAUUCCCCAACUGGUGAUAAUGACCAAAGUGGACGAGGCCUGCCCCCUAGUGUCAGAAGAGCUGCAGAAUGUUUAUAUGAGCCAUUACAUACAAAGGAAGAUCCAGGAGUUGAGUGCAUCCCUGGGCAUUCCUGUGUCCGGUAUUCUGCCAGUGAAGAACUACAGCCACGAGCUGGAGCUGAAUCAGAACACUGAUCUCCUGCUACUCAGUGCUCUGGAUCAGAUGUUGAACUAUGCUGACAGCUUCUUCGAAAACCAGCCUGAAGAGGAAAAGGAAGAGCUCUAACCCUCUUCACAGUCCCACAGUCAAGUGUCAAUACUCUGAUGACAAAAAUGUUUUCUUGCCAUCCCAUAUUAUUUUGUAACUGUGUAAGAUAUCCAUAUUGUUUUGGUACAUGUUAUCAUGCAAGUGGACAUUAUCAUACUUUUUUUGUGGAUAUUAUAACACAUAGCUCUUUCUUACUGCUGCCUUUACUUAGACAAAAAAUGUUUGUGACCUUUUCACGUAACAUGAAAAACACCUAGCCCUAAUGUUCCUUUAACAUCUUAAUUCAGUUUGUGAUAGAGCUUUGAUGUGACAGUGCAAAGCAAACUCAAGGUCGCAUUUGCCUUCUUUCAAUCAGUAGUAACGUACCUAAACAAUGCAUGCAUGUACCAAUGCAAACGGACUGUUCCCCAAUUGAGUAAAGGGUUAAAGGGUGGGGCCUAGUGAAUAAUCUUCUGACAAAGCAACUCUACCUGUGGACUGUUCGAAGCGUGGGAAAAUAAUCAAUUUACUGUCUCUAUAAGCAAAUGUCUAUUGUAUGCAAGUGCCCCAGAGCACAGUAAAGUUGCAUCACUGUAAUUUGAAAGCUAAGAAUGCAAAAUUACUAAGAAUGCAAAAUUAGUACAUUUCAUGAAUUUGGAAAUAAGCAUAUAUUUCCAAUGUCUUUGAAAUUCCAGACAAGAAUGCAACAUUAUAAGCCAGGGAUUCUUUUAUGCACCAAAUCCCACAUACCAGCAGACUUUAGAAAUUAUAAGGAUUCAUGCAUGAGGAGGCAGACACAGACCCUCCUUUAUCUUGUGACCAAAGCUGGUUGGUACAUUGAACCUAUUGACUGUCACUCUGAAGGUUAAGUGAAAGGUAAACCAGACACUGCCACUACGUUUAAGCAAAGCGGACAUAACUCACCGGCUAUUAGAUGACAGAGGGUCUGGUAUCAUGCAGUUACCUGCCUGUGAAAAACCCAUUUGUCUCAAAGCCAUUUAUCACAAAGCAGUUGAGCUUUUCUAGACCAGAAAUGAGUCAUAUAGGAGCGGCCAUCUUUGAAUGGGCAUUUGUUGAUUUAAUUUGAAGAUCUGGGAGACAAUGUUAUUUGUAGAGAUACAUCCACAAAAGAGAACAACAGGUGUUAAUGUAACACUUUGCGUAUGCCCACGUACACAUAAAAACAUGCACACACAUCCACAACAGCAUUCCCACCAAAGUGAACUGUAAAUGUAUCUUAGGAAAUGUCAACAUCUGUUAGCUUACAGCAACUAUCCAACUUCUCAUGCCCCAUACCCUUACCCACUGGGCAUUAACUGUGUUAAUGAGAGUUCAUUACCUUUUGUUGUCUAAUAAACACUUUUGAAGUGA